CAAAUCAGCCGCUUCUUUUUCCUCUCCCCUCCCCUUUCGCUCUCCAGAGUCCUCCUCACCUUCCUCCCUUCCAAACUCCCGCGGAUCUGCCCACACCUGCCGCCGUGCCGCUCCUCGCCGUCACCGCCGGCGCCUCAUCCCCACCCCCCCACCCCCCGGGGACGCGCGUCGCCGCCGCCCCCGCGCCCCCGGGACGACGUCCUGCGGCCGCGUCUCCGCCCCGUCGGCCGGCCGCCAUUGGCCCCCCGCCGUCCCCUCGAGGGUUACUGUGAUCUUGGGAAGCACUAGAAAAGUUGUUGCUUCUAUAGAGUUAUUGCAGAAUGGCUUAUGGUGGAGAUGAGCAGCAAAGCCAGGAUUAUCUAUUCAAAAUUGUUCUGCUUGGUGACUCUUCUGUUGGCAAAUCAAAUUUGCUUGCCAGAUUUGCUAGGAACGAGUUCUUUCCAAAUUCGAAAUCCACAAUAGGAGUAGAAUUCCAGACCCAGAAAUUGGUAAUUGAUGGAAAGGAAAUUAAAGCUCAGAUAUGGGACACAGCAGGACAAGAACGUUUCAGAGCUGUCACAUCUGCCUACUACAGAGGAGCCGUUGGAGCUCUUCUGGUUUAUGAUAUUACCAGACGCCAGACAUUUGACAGUGUUGGCCGAUGGCUUAAUGAACUGCAUGCUCAUUCCGACAUGAACGUCGUCACAAUUCUGAUUGGCAACAAGACUGACCUCAAGCAUGCGCGGGAGGUGAGCCCUGCGGAAGGCAAAGCCCUGGCAGAGGCGCAGGGCCUCUUCUUCAUGGAAACCUCGGCGCUGGACUCGUCGAACGUCACAGCAGCUUUCCAAACCGUGGUCAAGGAGAUCUACAGCAUACUAAGCAGGAAGGUGUUCCAAUCUCAAGAGCAGAAGAAAAGCGAGCUGCAGUCGCUAAGCAACGGGAAAGCCGUGGUUCUGCAGAGCGACGCCCCCAGUGCCACAAGCAGCGGCGGGAGGUGGUGCUGUUCGUCGUAGAGCAUGUAAGACCAGCCCCCCCUUCUCUCCGUUUUACUCCUGGUUCCUGGACCUGAUGACUACGAGAGGGUCCCUGUUGCGUGCCCGUAGGAUGUAAUGAUGCGGAUCUGGUUAGUGAAAAGUUGUGCUGGCCUUCUUCAAAUCAAAAGUUAAAAGUUGGCCGAGGGUUGGUUGGUUGUAUGAAAGGUGUGCUUUUCCGUUGGAGGAAAAUCUCAGUGUAUAGUUCCAUUGGUCCUUCCGGCAUAAUGAUGAUAUACGUGAUUGUGUAAAGAGGAAAA